UUUUAAUAAGAAAAAUAAGUAAAUAACUCUCCUAAAUCUUGUCCUCUGCAAUUUUCACGUUUAAUCAAAUCAAAGUCUGUGAUCUCUCGCUCCAGUCUUUCAUCCGCCGGAACGUUCCCCUUUAGAAGUUGAAGGCGUGGAUAUCAUUAAACAUGGGAGGUCAUGGAGGUCUUAAUAUCCUUCCCCAGAAGCGAUGGAAUGUGUACAACUAUGAUAAUCGAGAGAAAGUGAGGCAAGAUGAGGAAGCUGCUGCAAAAGAGGAGCAGCUAAAGCGUGAGCAGGCAAGGAAGCGCGAUACAGAGUUCCGUCUCGAGCAACUCAGGACUGCACGAGGCUUGGCGCCUCUAAUAAGACCUGCAGAGUCGGCCACCAAACCUGAAGAGCCAGCCACCACACCUGCAGAGGCAGUCACGGAGCUGGAUGAAUCACAGCCCAAAUCUGGCCACAUUAAUCUCUUUGAAGGUAUUAAGAUAUUUGACCCGAUCAAGGUACUGGAGAGUAAAGGCGGAGUCAAUCAAGAUGAGCCCAAGAAGAAGAAGAUGAAGAAAGAGGAGGUGAGGGUUGUGACUGAAGAAGAUGAAAAAUAUAGACUAGGCUAUGGGGUUGCUGGGAAAGGAGUGAAGCUUCCAUGGUACCUUGAGAAGAAGAGUGAUGAUUUCAAUGAUGAGAGGGGAGGGGUUGAUAAGUCGUCAAGUGGGCGGAAGGAUGACGAUAAGAAAAGUGGCAAGAAAACAUUAGAACAGUUAAGAGAAGAACGGUUGAAAAGGGAGAAGCAAGAGAAGGAAAGGGAACGGGCACUGAUUUUAAAGAAGACCGGGAGAGAUGAGCCUGUUUUGAGGGAUAGGUAUUAUAGGAGGUAAAUUCACUGAAAUUCUAGUUCUACUUUGGUAUGUUAGUUUUGUUCAUGAUCUUUGUAUCUUAAUAAGAGUUUUAUUGUAUUGUUACUUUUGUGCACUUGUAAGGGACUAAGGGUAAAUGUUUUAUCUUUGAUGUAUUGAAAUCGUGGUUGUGCAAGUUCUUGAUUCCAUAUAUUAUUGAAGAAUUUCAGAACUGUUGGUGAAAUUUUUGCUGCUUA